UUUGGGAUGUUUCUAUACAUUUUUUUUUUUCAUUUACUAGAUUUGGCUUAAAUACACUGUUUUAUGUUGUUACACAAAAUUACUGAUAACUACAGUUCUAUCAUAAAUUAAAUGUAGUAUAAGCUUUUUAGGUUGGUUUAGACACAGAAAAUGCUGAAAAAGAGAGUUCCUGCUUUUAUAAAGCAAAUGUGUUCAAUCUGUUUUUUUAGGAAGUAAAGAUGAACUGGAACUGAUAAACAACGAGACCAGAAACAGCGCCAACUUGGUCUACACCAAGUUAAAAUUAAUGCAAAAAAACUGUCCAUCAGAAGAUGACAGAACUAAUAACUCUGUAAUCUAUCGAAUUCAGAGGAAUCAGCACUCACACCUGACUCGUUGGUUUUCUGAAGUCAUGAAGAAUUACCAUAAGAUCCAGAUUUCCUUCAGAGAGAAAUGCAAGGCCCAAAUUCAGAGACAGCUCGAGAUUGUGGAUAAAGUCACAACAGAUGACGAGCUGGAGGAUAUGCUGCAAUGUGAUAAUCUUGCCAUUUUCAUAUCUAAUAUCCACUCUGAUGCCCAAUUUUCAAGUCGUGCUGUCUCUGAGAUUGAAAGACGUCAUCAGGAUAUCAUCAGUCUUGAGUACGGCAUUAAAGAACUACAUGAGAUAUUUACAGAUACAGCCAUGCUGUUGGAAAUUCAGGGGGAGUUAAUAAACAAUAUAGAAAAGAAUGUCACCAGUGCUGGAGAAUAUGUACAUGCAUCAAAAAAAGAAACAGGUAGGGCACUCGCAUACAAGAAGAAUCCUUAUAAGAUUGUAUCUCUCCCAAGCUUCUUCAAGUCCUUUAGGAGACAACCCAGUACUGCUGCCAAUGAAAACUCUUCUGAAGACUGCAUCAAGCAUUCCUGAUGCACAUCAAACCUUUCAGAGCCUUGGAGAAUUCUUAUAACUUUUUUGCAGUUCUUCAUUCAGUUACUCACUCAGCCACUAGGUGGCAAUGCAACAGCAUUGAAAUAUCAGACUGUACCUCUAAAGCAGGGGAACCUUUUUGACUCAGAGAGCCAGGAAGGCAAAAUAUUUGGAAAUUUAUUUCAGUGAGAGCCAUACAAUAUAUUUUAAGACGGAAUUCAAUUAAAUAUGAGCAUAAUAAGCCUCUGAAUUUAUUCUUUUAAAUAAUGUUAUAAUACUCACCAUUAAUGCGACUUCAAAGUGCCUCCUAGUGUAGAAUGCAAUGGAAACUUAGGAUGGGUCUAUUUUCAUGUUCACGGAGAAGUGCCACAAAACCUUUGUUUAUCCCCAAAAUACCCGUAGCACCUUCAGUACACACUGAGAGAAGUUUAUCCAUAGGUAGAUUUUUUUUCUUGAGCGAACCAUAUGGAUACUGAAAAAAAAAUCUAGUGUUUAUAAUUUGAUGUAUUUUAUAAUUGCGAUAAAGCUUUAAAAUUGAUUUUAAAAAAGGUAGCCUGAGUGUGCAAAAUGUUGACUUUUGUGCAUACUACUUGUUCAUAAUGAAUGCUGAAAAAUAGAAGUUUUUAAAGUUUGUGUUCUGCCUCUUCAAAAUUUGUGGUCUCCUGCUGUAAUUAAUUAACUUAAAGCGGUUUAAAUAAAAUGUGUGAGAAAAUUUACACGGUAUAAAAAUAGCUGCAGUAGUUAGUCAAGUUGUAAAUUAGAAAUGUACUGAUCAGAGUUGUACUGGCUUCUGUACCCUUUUACCUUUUUGUAUGUCUGAUCUGCUGAUUGUAAAAUCUUUUGUUUUUAAAUUAACAAUGACAUGUAAAUAAACUUCUUUAAAAUACAAGAAGUUUAUCUUCUUGUAACAAAAUGGCUAAAAAAAGUUUCUUAAAAAAUGACGAUGGAAGAAAAUGGAACAAGUAAUAAGUUAAAUAUUUUCAAUCUAUAAAAAGUCUGAUGCAAAUUUAUAUUUUGGUAUUUAAUGUAAUACUACUAACUGAUGUAGUUGCUUUAUCUAUGUAAUAUGGCUAUUAGGUUCAUUAUGUCCAAAUUCCUUUUAUAUUAUUUAUUUUCAUGUUGUUUAUCCAUAUUGCUGCUUCAGUUUUUUUUCAUUUUUUUUUUUCAUUUUUAAUGCAUAAACUGGAAAGGUAAUGUUCACUUGUGGUGUAUUUAAUAAACAGAAAACCAUCAGA